AUGACCAAGCCACUCGUGAUUAAAAAUACAAAGGAAAUGUUGACAAACUUGGACUUUCCACAAUCUGUCAAGGUCGCCGAUUUUGGGUGUUCGUCGGGACAAAACACGUUUCUAGUGAUGUCUGAGAUUGUCAAUACAAUCAAUUUGCUGUGUCAAGAACGGAACCAAAAACAGCCAGAGAUAGAUUGUUGUUUGAAUGAUCUCCCUAAUAACGAUUUCAAUGCAGUUUUCAAGUUCAUAGCUCUCUUCAAGAAAAAAGUCACAAGUGAAGGACCGUGCUUCAUAUCCGGAGUCCCUGGUUCUUUUUACUCAAGGCUCUUCCCUCGCAAGUCUCUCCAUUUGGUACAUUCAGUGUACAGUAUUCAUUUUCUCUCUAAGGUUCCGGAUGGACUGGAGAAGAACAGCAUGAAUGUGUACAUAACAAAUUCAAGUCCUCUAAGUGACUACAAGGCUUACUUGAAUCAAUUUCAAAGAGAUUUCACAACAUUUCUUAGAAUGCGCUCUGAAGAGAUGGUACGUAAUGGACGUAUGGUUCUUACAAUCAUGGGCAGAAACACUCUUGGUGAUCCAUUGUAUAGGGAUUGUUGUCAUUGCUGGACACUAUUAUCCGACUCUCUCCGCGACUUAGUCUUGGAGGGUCUUUUGAGUGCAUCAAAAGUGAAUUCGUUCAAAAUCCCUUUUUAUGAUCCGACCGAGGAAGAAUUAAAGGAGAUAAUAAGGGAAGAAGGAUCCUUCCAAAUACACGAGUUGGAGACGCAUGGAUUUGAUCUUGGCCAUAGUAACGAGGAUUGUAUCUCACAAGCAGGACAAAAAGAAGCUGGUUGUAUAAGAGCAGUGACAGAAUCAAUGCUCGUAGCUCACUUUAAAGAUUCAAUCAAUAUCGAUGCAUUGUUUAGCAAGUAUGCGCAUCAUGUGUCCCAGCAUGCUAGCUGCAAGAUCAAAACGACAGUAACUCUGGCCGUUUCAUUGAUUCGCAGAUAA